GCAGCACCCACACUAAUAUCAGGAGGUCCUGGAUCAGGUCCUAGAUUGAAGGACAAAAGCAGUUGUUAGUAACCUUGGAAUUAAAUAGGCCUACAAAUCUUGACAAUUAAACGAGAGAUCAAGCAACGGCAAUUCAAACUUAUCCAAGAGUCAUAACCUCUAUUCCUCUUGCCGGCCUAAAACACAAGAAGGCCAAGGAGUGGGAACGGUGCGACGAAGGAAUGUCCACCGAAAAAUGUCCUUCGCCACAUGGGCCGUAGUUUUUUCGUCACCCGUGAUAUGGUCCUCGGAUAAAUGUCCUAUAAAUGUUGGCUUCGAAAAUUAAAUGACCUCGUUAAUAGGGUACUGUUGCCACGGCCAACAAUGUAGGGGCCGCGUCCAAGAUACACCCACACACCCCAGCUGGCCCACUCCAUCGGACCUCGCGGAACGUGGAGGACCACGGAGCUGAUCGACUCUAAUAAGGUGAAGAAGCUCUUGUCCUACAAGGGCUUCCAGUACUCCCAACAUUCACGAAAAGGAGAGAAGCAGUACUGGCGCUGUGUAGAGCGGAAAAUCUGCAAUGCGCGGUGCCACACCAACGUAAACCUUGAAAACCUGCGAAUGCUGAAGGACGGCACGGAGCAGCACAUCAACCACGUGGCCGACCACCGAACCAUCGGAACCAGAAUGGCGAUGCAGGGAGUCAAGCGGGCCGCCGAGGAUCACCCGAACGAUCCACCCCAGCGAGAAGGUUCGCUACCUCAUGUCGCCGCGAUACAACAAGUACUUGGUAUGCUAAUUAGAGAUUGACUAGCUGCUCCGUGCUGCUGUGGGAGCGGUCACGGGCCCGGAGGUGCGCGCGAGGCUCCCCGAGAGGAACACCUUGCGCCGGGUCAUCAACAACCAUCAAAACCGGGGGCGUCCGAGGAACCCACGGGAGCUUCAGGACAUCGUCCUGGACGCUCCGUUCACGACCACCCUGAGGGGGACGCGCUUCCUCCUGUACGACUCAGGUCAGGCACGUUCGGGAAAUCGGACGACGGCACAUCGUAUUGGCAGACACGACAUGUGUGUGCGCGUGUAUGCUCAGGUGUUGAUGAUCCGGACCGUGUCAUCGUGCUAUGCUCGGAGGAGAGCCUCCGCGUCCUCACGUGGAGCGAGACCAUCUUCGCUGACGGGACGUUCAAGACCGUCCAAAACCAGUUCGGGCAGCUCUACACCGUCCACGGGGUGGUGAAGGACGUGGCAGGCCGCUCUUACGUCUUCCCACUUGCCUUCGCCCUGUGUGUCCGGAAGGACAUGUCAACGUACCGGAAGAUCUGGGGCGCCAUAAAGGGGGAGGCAGAGCGGAUCAAUCUGCGGUUCAAAGUCCGUCUGUUUAUGACGGACUUUAAGAUCGCAGCCAUGAACAUACAGCAGACACUCUUCCCUGGGGUGGAGCACAAGGGGUGCCUGUUCCACUUCAACCAGGCACUCUGGCGCCAGGCGGUGGACAGCGGCCUCAAGGUACUGUACCACAACGCCGAGAACGAGGACCACACAGUGCGCAGGGACGUGCAGCGCCUGAUGGCGCUCCCCUUCGUCCCCAUCCCCGACCUGGAGGCGGCCUUCGACGCCGUGGUGGACGCCAUGGACGACCGGGUCGUGCCUCUGGCGACAACACUGGAGAGCACUUACCUGCGGGUUGCGACACUGCGUCGGCGGCGUGCAGUGCCCCCUAGCUUCCCACCAGCCCUGUGGAACGUCCACCAGCAGGCAGUGGACAACACCGCCAGGAAAAACAAUGUGGAGGGCUGGCAUUGAAAGUUUUAGAAGCUGCUAGUGGUCCACCACGCUGAUGUCUGGAAGUUCUUUAAUGGGAUCCGCGAUGAAGAGCACGACUUCCACCAUCUGCACGCCCAAGUCCGUGCGGGGCAUAUCAACGUCAAGCAGACAGUCAAUAAGAAGUAUGAGACGUGUCAGAGACGCCUGCACAGCCUUCCGGACAACUACGAGGACUACAAGGAGCGGGACGAGCUCAUGCUGUACCUAGAAGCUAUUGCGUACAACAUUAAAAUCACUUAAACCUUG